GGAGCAGCGCGGGGCGGGGCGGGUCCGCGCCGUGCGCCGUCCCGGUGCCCCCCGCAUCUCCCGGGCCCGUGGCAGGGGUAGGGCCGGGCCCGCUCUCUUGCCCAAGCCGCGGCCUGCCCAGAGCCGGUGCCGCUCCUGUACCGGUGCCCCGGGCGUGGGCGGGACGGGAAGCCCGGUCGCCCUUAAAGGCGAGGCCGGCAGCGGCCCUGGGGCCGGGCAGGCAGCGAGCCGGGACCGGCUCGGGGUGCCACCGGGACAGGAGGCUUCGUCGGGGCCGGUGCUGGCAGGCUCCGGGGGCGGCGGCGGCGGCGGGGCCAUGGGAGCCCUGGGCUGGCGGCGGCUGCUGCUGGUGCUGCUGGCCGUGCACCGGGCUGCAGGUGCCCGGCCCUGCAGCCCCAAGUAUUUUGGUCGCGACGCCAUGGUGUGUGUCUGUAAUGCCACAUACUGUGACACCCUGGACCCCGUCGUCCUGCCGGUCCCGGGCACUUACAUCAAGUACGAGAGCAGCAAGGCUGGGAAGAGGCUGGAGCGCAGCGAGGGGAGCUUCCAGCGCAUGCUGCACGCCCCAGAUCUGGUCCUGACUGUAGACACAACGCAGAGGUACCAGCACGUGAAGGGUUUUGGUGGUUCUGUCACGGAUGCUGCUGCCAUAAAUAUCCUUUCCCUGCCAGAAAGAGCCCAGGACCACCUGCUCCGCUCGUACUUCUCUGAGGAAGGAUUAGAGUACAACCUCAUCCGGAUCCCCAUGGCCAGCUGUGACUUCUCCCUCCAUGCCUACACCUAUGACGACGUUCCCUUCGACUACGAGCUCACGCACUUCAGACUGCGAGAUGAGGACACGAAGCUGAAGAUUCCUGUCCUCCACCGAGCCUUGGCCAUGAGCAAGCAGCCGGUGUUGCUGUACGCGAGCCCCUGGACCUCCCCGACCUGGAUGAAGACCAGUGAGUCCUUCGUGGGGAAGGGCACACUGAAGGGACAAGCAGGGGACAAGUACCACAAGACUUGGGCCAACUACUUUGUACGGUUCCUGGAUGAAUACGCCAAGUACAACUUGACCUUCUGGGCAGUGACAGCUGAGAACGAGCCUACAGCUGGGCUGAUUAACAACUACCCCUUCCAGUGCCUGGGUUUCACAGCCGAGCAGCAACGGGACUUCAUCGCCCAGGACCUGGGCCCCGCGCUGGCCAACAGCUCCCACCACAACAUCCAGCUCAUCAUCCUGGACGACAACCGGCUCCACCUCCCACACUGGGCUAAAGUAGUCCUUGAGGAUGAAAAAGCAGCUCGUUACAUCCAUGGCAUAGGCAUCCACUGGUAUCUGGACUUCAUCGGUCCCAUACAGGACACGGUGGUGCCCACACAUGAACUCUUCCCUGAUUAUUUUAUCCUGGCCACGGAGGCGUGCAUUGGGGCCCACUUCUGGGAGCGGGAUGUUAUCCUGGGCUGCUGGGAGCGGGGCAACCAGUACAGCCACAGCAUCCUGAUGAAUCUGAACCACUAUGUGGCUGGCUGGACCGACUGGAACCUGGCCCUGGAUCUGGAGGGAGGCCCCAACUGGGUUAAGAACUACGUGGACAGCCCUGUCAUUGUGGAUGCCAGUGAAGGCAUCUUCUACAAGCAGCCCAUGUUCUACCACAUGGGGCACUUCAGUAAGUUCAUUCCUGCGGGAUCCCAGCGCGUGGGGAUCGUUGCCUCCAAAGAGUCCAAAAAGACUGAUCUGGAGUACACGGCGUUCCUGCGCCCCGACGGUGCUGUGGUGGUGGUGGUUCUGAACCGGUCCCCACAGAAUGUCACCUUUGGGCUGGCUGAUAGGGUUGGCCUCAUCGCAGCCAUGGCUCCAGCCAGCUCCAUCCAGACCUACCUAUGGCAGCGGCACUGAAGGGGCUGGGACACCCGUGGCUGGGCAGGGGCAGCUGAGCCAGGCCAGGAGAGGAGCCCCAGACUGCCCGCAGGCUCGGGCCAGGGAGCAAAGAGGAGGCAGCUCCCAGUCCUGUCUGGGCUGUGGUGGAGCAGAGUGCUCGGGCGAGCUGGGUCAAGGAGUGCUGGGCACGGAGAUCCCAGAGGCUCUAAACGCUGUUUUCUGCUGCUCCAAUAUUAAAGGCUGCUGCUGCCUCUUCA